AUAAAAAAAAAAAUACCCCUAGAGGUGUAUUUAAAAAAAAAUUGAAUCCAAAACCUGAUGGCAACAACAACAACGCAAUCGGCAGCUGUUGCUGCACCGGCACUCAGUGCACUCCUGCCCACCACCAGCCAUCGCUCCCAGUCCGAGUCCCAGUCCUCGAGCAGCAGGAGCAGCACAGCAAGCAGCAACAACAACAACAACACUAAUAAUAGCUCUACUAAUAAUACCGUUAUAAGUCAACCGAUUAAAAUACCGUUAAGCGAAAGAUUCUCAUCACAAACAUCAACGGGAUCGGCAGAUAGUGGGGUAAUUGUUUCCAGUGCAUCGCAACAGCAGUUGCAGCAACUGCAGUUACCGCCACCGCGCAGCAGUAGCGGUUCUCUGAGUUUGCCGCAAGCGCCACCUGGCGGCAAGUGGCGGCAAAAGAAACAACAACAACAGCUGCUUCUCAGCCAGGACAGUGGCAUUGAGAAUGGUGUGGCCACCAGCAGUAGUGGCAAGUCCGGCCAGAUGGGAGGAUCCGCCACGGGGGGAUCCUCGAAGGGGAAGGAGAAUGGCGGGAAUGCCGGCAACAGCAGCAGCGAGAGUCUAGAGAGCGGCGGCGGGAUCGGUGUGGCGCCGGAGAAUCCCCCCAGGAUCCGAGCAGCAUCCGCCCUGGAGCUCUCCACAUCCGCGGCGUCGAGUGGCGGCGGUGGCUCCAAUAUACUGCGCAGUCGGAUCAAGUACAAGAGCACCAACAGCACUGGCACCCAGGGAUUCGAUGUCGAGGAUCGCAUCGAUGAGGUGGAUAUCUGUGAUGAUGAUGACGACGACGACGAUGUGGAGGAUGUGGAUGAUGAGGAGGACGAUGGCGUCAAUGUGGACGAUGUGGAGGAGGCGGACAACCAGUCGGACAGUCAGUCAGGUAUUAUCAUCAACCUCAAGAACAAACAAGAGGAUCCCGGCAAGCCCGAAGGAUCUGGCGACCAGGCAGGGGGCACCUCCCGGCUACCGCCUCCCGAUCAGGCAGAACUGACCGUGGCCGCCGCCCUGGCACGUUGCCGCGAUGCCAAAUCCCUGGGCACCGAUGGUCAUAUCUACUUUCCGCUGCUGAAGAUCAGCGAGGAUCCGCACAUCGAUGCCAAGCUGAUCAACCGGAAGGAUGGCCUGCAGGACACCAUGUACUAUCUGGACGAGUUCGGUAGCCCCAAGCUGCGCGAGAAGUUCGCCCGGAAACAGAAACAACUGCUGGCCAAGCAGCAGAAGCAGCUCCUCAAGCGGGAGAGGAGGAGCGAGGAGCAGCGCAAGAAGCGCAACACCACGGUGGCCUCCAAUCUGGCCGCCAGUGGCGAAACCAAAGAUGAACCCCACUGUGAUAGCUCCACCAUACGGAGCAAGCAUAACUCAGUACCGCCCAUUCGGAUCCAGGAGCAUCCCGACGAUCAUGAUGAUCAUCUGGAUGUCCAUGUGGCCGAGGCCGAGGAUGAUGAGGCCGCCGAUGGCCAUGUGAAGAUGCGUCGUCAUAGCCACGACAAUCACUACGAUAGCCAGCAGAGCAGCCGGAGAACCAUUGCUCAAGCUAACAACCAUACCCGCCCCGCAAAUCCCGACCAGGAUCAGGAUCAGGAUCAGGAUCAGGAGAUUGAAGAAGGUGCCGAGCCGCUGUUGGAGGACCAGCGGGAUGAGAGUCCCGACAAUGUCAAGACUGCCAAGAUGGCCCGCACCCAGUCCUGUGUCAGUUGGACCAAAGUGGUGCAAAAGUUUAAGAAUAUUUUAGGCCGCGAUGGUUCCAAAAUUACAACAGUUGUUGCAACACCCGGCCAAGGCACCGAUCGUGUACAAGAGGUCUCCUAUACAGACACAAAGGUCAUCGGCAAUGGCAGCUUUGGCGUUGUAUUCCAGGCCAAGCUCUGCGACACUGGCGAACUGGUGGCAAUCAAAAAAGUUUUACAAGACAGACGAUUUAAGAAUCGCGAAUUGCAAAUUAUGCGCAAAUUGGAGCAUUGUAAUAUUGUAAAGCUUUUGUACUUUUUCUAUUCGAGUGGUGAAAAGCGUGAUGAAGUAUUUUUGAAUUUAGUCCUCGAAUAUAUACCAGAAACCGUAUACAAAGUGGCUCGCCAAUAUGCCAAAACUAAGCAAACGAUACCAAUCAACUUUAUUCGGCUCUAUAUGUACCAACUGUUUAGAAGUUUGGCCUACAUCCAUUCGCUGGGCAUUUGCCACCGUGAUAUCAAGCCGCAGAAUCUUCUGCUCGAUCCGGAGACGGCCGUACUGAAGCUCUGUGACUUUGGCAGCGCCAAGCAGCUACUCCACGGCGAGCCGAAUGUCUCGUACAUCUGCUCCCGCUAUUACCGCGCCCCAGAGCUCAUUUUCGGGGCCAUAAAUUAUACCACAAAAAUCGAUGUGUGGAGUGCCGGUUGCGUUUUGGCUGAGCUAUUGCUGGGCCAGCCCAUCUUCCCCGGCGAUUCCGGUGUCGAUCAGCUCGUCGAGGUCAUCAAGGUCUUGGGCACACCGACAAGAGAACAGAUACGCGAAAUGAAUCCAAACUAUACGGAAUUCAAGUUUCCACAAAUUAAGAGUCAUCCGUGGCAGAAAGUUUUCCGUAUACGCACUCCGACAGAAGCUAUCAACUUGGUGUCCCUGCUGCUCGAGUAUACGCCCAGCGCCCGGAUCACACCGCUCAAGGCCUGUGCACAUCCGUUCUUUGACGAGCUCCGCAUGGAGGGCAACCACACCUUGCCGAACGGACGCGAGAUGCCGCCGCUGUUCAACUUCACAGAGCAUGAACUCUCGAUACAGCCCAGCCUAGUGCCACAGUUGUUGCCCAAACAUCUGCAGAAUGCUGCCGGCGGUGCUGCCGGCAAUCGGUCAUCGGCUGGAGCAUCAGCAGCGGCCAGUGGCUCGACCAGCGUCUCCUCGACGGGCAGCGGCGCCUCGGCGGAAGGAUCGGCCCAGCCCCAACAGCAGGCCGCAUCGGGCACAGCAGCAGCAGCCGGCUCGGCAUCGGGUGCAGGCGCCGGUUCUGGUUCGGGAUCGUCGGCAGCUGGCACAGCAGCUGGUGGUGGGGCAUCGGGUGGAGCAGCCGGCGCUAGCGGAUCGGGAUCGGGGGGCAACAACAGCAGCAGCGGCGGCGGUGGUGGCGGCGGCGUGGGAGCGCCGUCUGCCGGUAAUGCGCAGCAGGCAGCCGCUUCGGUAGGCGGCGGUGGUGGCGGGGGCGGUGCGGCGGCAGCUGCUGCCGCUGGAGCCACUGCAUCCGGCGCCAUAGCCGCGACCAAUGCUGGCGGCGCCAAUGUAACAGGUUCCCAAUCGAACAGCGCCCUCAACAAUAGCACUGGCAACGGCAAUGGCAGCGGAAACGGAAAUGGCGGCGGCAGUGCCGGCAGCGGAAAUGGCGAGACGGCAGACGAGCAGGCAGCACCAGGCGCAGCCGCCGAGACGCCAGCAGCAGCAGCAGCCGAGAACGAGGCAGCAGCGUCGGGUUAGCGCGAUCAGGAUAAUAGCGCUCUGUUAAUCUAAUCUUAAUCACAGGAUUUUCGUCACAUAAAUCCCAUUAAAAGAAAAAACUCUUAAAAAAAAAAAUCUUAAACAAGCCAUAAAAAAAUGGGUUAAUUACACUCGAAAUUACAAAAAAAAAGAAAGAAAGAAAGAAAAAUUAACACAAUUCUCUAUCACUCGCACACUCACACACUUACAAAUGCAUACACCAAUACACACUCCCAGACACACCCACACACACACACACACAUGUAUGUAUGUAUAUCCUUGCUAAAAUGCAUUGGGCGCAGGAAAAUAUUUAGCAUAAAACUUGAAAUAAAAUAAAAAAUAAAAGAA